CGAUCUUUGGACGGAAAGUGGAAAGUUCUACGUUCUGCGCAAGCGCUCCCCAGGAUUAAUGUCAAGGCACAAAAGUGGCGCUACACCGUUUCGAGCUCUACUCCGGUGGUUGCCUUAGCGAUGGAUGGGGAGUCAGAACCAAACCCUGCCGUAGCAGAAGAGGCAGGGGAGCGGGUGGAGCCCAUGGAUGCCACUCCCUCCCCCGAGCAACAGACCACGCCCCCCUCCGAGGUGGCUGGGGAGGCAUUUUCCAUGGUAACGGAAGAAGAAGAUGAAGCCGCGAAGGAGGGGGGAACAGAGGACAAUGAUGAGGGUUGCACAGAGGACAAUGAUGAUGAUGAUGUGGUUCUCGUAGGGGAGGAGGAUCUCCAGCCUUCUGCCACAACCCUCUCCCAAGACACGCCCAGCACAGACUGCCUAGAGCCGGCUGCUGCCGUGGCAACUGUAGACAUGUCCACGGCAGAGAUGACCCCCGGUUCUCCUGCGUCUUCCAGCACAUCCACGGUGGCAGCACCUCCUAAACCUCCAACCACAGAAGCAGAGCCUAUUGUCAUUGAUGAUGAGGAUGACUCUGAACAGAAAGAAACUUCCUCCUCCUCACCAGCGCGCCCUGCAGGGUCCUCGGAAUCCCACUCGCCAGGUGCACUCAGCAGCACUGAGCCAGAUUCAGAGAUCAGGAUCGCCAGUGUCACCACACUGGGCUCCAGUAGCCAGAAAGGAAGCUCCACUGUUUCUGCAGUGAAUACGCCACCACAUCCAGUGGACGUCCAGGAAGACUUGAACCUGAUGAUAACCUCGGUGACAUCACUGCAGAGCGGGGCGGCGGCUGUCACAGCGGCAGGUGAGGGCCAGGCAGAGGAAAACGGUCUGCAGAUUAGCAAUGCGUUCAGCCUGAAUCCUGACACCCCAUCUGGUCGACCAACAGCCUCCUUCAACCCUGGGCGGGGCUCAGCCCCCAUGGGCCAGCUGGUACAGAAUGGAGACACAGGGACGCACAACAGGGCAGACUCGUGGAUUUCCCAGUCAGCUUCAGUUCCCCGCAACCAAAAACAGACGGGGGUCGACUCUCCAUCCCCAGCCACCUCCCUACCAAAACCUCCAGGCCAGUCUUCCUCAUCUACUUCCUCCUCAGGCUCCCAGCCACAGCCCAGGACAGUCAAGGUGACCUGUGCCAACUGUAAAAAGCCCCUGAAGAAAGGCCAGACGGCCUACCAGCGUAAAGGCUCCACACACCUGUUCUGCUCCACCACCUGUCUCUCUGCCUUCUCACACAAACCCGCCCCCAAGAAGAGCUGCACCAUGUGCAAAAAGGACAUCACAAACAUGAAGGGUACCAUCGUGGCCCAGGUCGACUCCAGCGAGUCUUUCCAGGAGUUCUGCAGCACGGGCUGCCUCGGUGCAUACGAGAACAAGCAAAACCCUCCAAAAUCAGGCCUCAAAACAAAAUGUACUGUCUGCGGCAAGCUCACAGAGAUCCGGCACGAGGUUAGCUUUAAGACUGUGACCCAUAAGAUCUGCAGCGACACAUGUUUCAACGUUUACCGCAGGGCCAACGGGUUGAUCAUGAACUGCUGUGAGCAAUGUGGCGACUACCUGCCCAGCCGAGCAACAGCCAACCACUUCCUGCUGGUAGAUGGCCAACAGAAACGCUUCUGCUGCCAGAACUGCGUCAGGGAGUACAAGCAGGCCCACAGUAAACUUGCGAGCUGCCUGACUUGCAAAACGCUGAUCAAGACAGGCGAGGUGCUGCACAGCCUCGGAGCCGGUGGCACCAUGGGCUCCUACUGCUCUGUCAACUGCAUGAACAAGGGCAAGCUGGCGUCGACCUCCUUCAUCAACACAGAGCCCACGUGUCACUUCUGUAAGAGGAAUUCAUUACCGCAGUACCAGGCCACGCUGCCAGAGGGAAACAUCCUCAACUUCUGCAGCUCACAGUGUGUUACCAAGUUCCAGAACGCUACUCUUCAAACCGCCACCAACGGACAAACGCCACUCUCCACCACAAACAACAACGUCCAGCUCAAGUGUAACUACUGUCGAUCAGCGUUCAGCUUGAAGCCCGAAACUCUGGAGUGGGAGGACAAGGUCUACCAGUUCUGCAGUAAGACGUGCUGCGAGGACUACAAGAAGCUCCACUGCAUUGUGACAUUCUGUGAGUACUGCCAAGAGGAGAAGACGCUACAUGAGAUGGUCAACUUCUCCGGAGUCAAGAGACCUUUUUGCAGCGAAGGCUGUAAGCUGUUAUUUAAGCAGGAUUUUAUCAAAAGAUUGGGUCUGAAGUGUGUCAGCUGUAACCACUGCAACCAGCUCUGUAAGAGAGGUUUGACCCGGCAGCUCGGUGGCAUGACUCGGGACUUCUGCAGCGAGACCUGUGCCAAGAAGUUCCACGACUGGUACUACAAGGCGGCGAGGUGUGACUGCUGUAAGGUGCAGGGUAACCUGACAGAGUCUGUGAUGUGGAGAGCCGAGAUGAAGCAAUUCUGUGACCAGGAGUGUCUGUUAAAGUUCUACUGCCAGCAGAACGACCCCAUAAUGGUCACACAGAAAGGCCCCGAGAACACCACCCUGGGAUAUGAAAUGCAAGGGGCCAAACUUGGGCUGGUGAACCAGGGUACUGUGGCGUAUGCUGGUGGAGGUUUGAUGAGAGAUGUCAAGAACAAGGCAGUGCUCUGCAAGCCACUCACACUGACCAAGGCUACCUACUGCAAGCCACACAUGCAGAGCAAACAUCUGCAAACAGAUGUAGACGAUGGUGUGAAGAGGGAGUAUAUUCCUGUACCCAUACCUGUGCCUGUCUUCAUCCCCAUGCCCAUGAAUAUGUAUUCCCAGAUCACUCCCACCCCAGUCUCUCUGCCUGUACCGGUUCCUGUGCCUGUGUUCCUGCCCACCACCCUGCAGGGGGCAGAGCAGAUCGUCCAGACCAUCAACGAACUAAAAAACAAGGUGCCCUCCGACCAUCUGGAGGCCCACCUGCUCUCCAUGGCAGAGAUGAUCACAGAGGACCAGAAGCCAGAUGUGAAGCCGGUGAAGGUGAAGAGGGAGAGUAAAAGGAAGUUCUCCAGCAGCAGCUCUGAGGAAGAGGAGCAGGAGAAGCAGGACAAGGUUGAGAAGGAGGAAGAGAAAAAGGAGCAGGAGGAAUUGGAAGUGAAGGAGAACGAGGAAAAGAUAGAAGAGAAAAUGGAGCAGGAGGAAAUGGCAGAGAAGGAGGAGGGAGAGGAGGAGGACAAGUAUGCACCCGACCUAGACCUGGAGGCAGACUUCCCUCAAGCCUCAGACCCUGUUCCAGUUGUGGAGGGCAUGGACGAGGACAUGGGCUUCUCUCUACCUCCAGUCCUGGCUGAGGAGAAGGAGAAGCCGGAAGAGUUGGAGGGCCUGACUGAGGAGAAGGAGAAGCCGGAAGAGUUGGAGGGCCUGGCUGAGGAGAAGGAGAAGCCGGAAGAGUUGGAGGGCCUGGCUGAGGAGAAGGAGAAGCCGGAAGAGUUGGAGGGCCUGGCUGAGGAGAAGGAGAAGCCGGAAGAGUUGGAGGCAUCUGCACCUCGACCACAGCCCAGAAGACAAGGGAACAAGAGGCUGGCGGUGGAGGAGAGCUCAGAUCUGGCCUCGUCCUCUUCCUCCCAUCCAACAGACAGACACUCAGCGGGACGGGCGCUGCCUCUCAAAGCUCGAUAUGGCGUCAAUGCCUGGAAACGCUGGGCACUAUCUCCUUCUGACCAAUCAGAUGACCCCAAAGUAAAGGACAGCUUCAAACCAGCUCGGUCUAAAAGUAACCUGUUGUCGCUGACUUCAGAGGAGUUGAACGUUGCUCUGUCCCGGUUUGUCAGGGAGGUGUGCAGGCCCAGCGGGGAGCGCUACUCUCCAGACAGCAUCCUCUACCUCUGUCUAGGAAUUCAGCAGCAUCUUCACGCCAAAGGCCGGAAGGAUGACCUAUUUAGCGACCCGUGCUACCAGCAGUUUGGAGAGGAGCUUAACAAGGUCCUGAAGGACUGGCAGCCCAGCGUGCUUCCUGAUGGCUCGCUGUGGGGUCGAGUGGAGGAGCAGAGCCUGUGGAGCAGCCGACAGCUCGGGGAGCAGAGUCCGGCCGCUCUGCUGCGCUCUCUGGUUUACUUGAACACCAAAUACUUCGGCCUGCGGACCGUGGAGCAGCACCUCCGCCUCUCCUUCGCCAACGUCUACGGCCCCGACACCGUCCAUCCUGUCACUAAGGAGACCGCCGUCUGCAUCCGCGUGCCUUCCAUCUCUCAGGAUCACCACGUGCAAACCGAGUCGAGGAAGCGUAAGUUGGAGGAAGGCGAUCAGGACUAUGAACCAGACGAUGACUCGGGAGGCUCCGCUGUCCGCUGCCCGGUUAAGAAGCACGAGUGUCACCUUUACGACCUCUACCGAUCUAAGUGCCCAGCGUUGUUGCGGGAGCGUCUAGACGUCUUCUACGUUCAGCCGGGUCCGACCUGCGGUCCCGACGACCCGCAGUGGUUCAGCUCCACGCCGCUGGAGCGACAGAUCCUGGAGCGCCUCCUCACCAGAGUCCUCCUGGUCAGGGACAUUUACACAGACAAACCACACGAGGAGGAAGAGGACAGCGGUGAAGCAGUUGGGGGAGAGUAGCGGUCACUUUGACUUCUGUUAGCAGAGCCUAAACAGUCAGCAGAGGAGGAGGAAGCGGAGGAUAGCUAGUGGUGUGUGUGUGUGUGUGUGUGUGUGUGUGUGUGUGUGUGUGUGUAUAUGUGUGUAUAUGUGUGUAUAUGUGUGUGUGCGCCUCUCCCGUCUUACCCUCCUCGCUGACUUGCUGUUUCCUCCAGGUGAGGGGAGUCCACAACAGAACUUAAGAAAGUAGAGGAUGAUGAAUUUGGUCUUGAAGAGCAGCCUGAACUUUUACUUCUGUUGAUAGAUUCACAAACAGAGGAAGAGGUCCUAAACCAGAAGGGGACAGGGACAAAUCAGUCCUGAUGUGUUGGAUGAUGAGGGGUAAAGGAGGUGGAGCUGCCAUUCAGGUAGCAGACCAAGUGUAUCGACGGUUAUAAUCUAUUGAAUUGGAUGUGCUGCUAAGGAUCUAGCUUGCUUAUAGUGCUCAGACAGACAUGCAGCUUUACAAUAUUUAAACUUUUAACAAGGGUCAUCAGGAGGCGAAGGGACAGGAAGUCAUGGAGUUAUUUUCUCCUACUUGAAGCUUCAAGUCCUCCUCACCAUCGAUCUGUGGAUGGAAAAGAUAGCAGUGUGCUUGGGGGUAAGAGAGAGUAACUUCAUUUUAUACAAAGAGAAUCGAUAAGCGAGGGACAAGGCAGACAAAAGGUCUGGGUGAAACCAGAACCUCUACCUUAGAGGUGGUGCGGAGGAGGAAGAGGGCAGUGCCAGGCUGAUGACGUGUCUACAAAGUUGGCAGGUCACAAUUCUAUCUUUUGAUGCGAUUGGUAGUUAAAUUUGUACAAAAAUAGAAACGCAGAUAGCCAGGUAGGUUUUUGGGCCAAUAGUCACCACUGUUUCCAAUUUAGCAGCUCAUCAUACAACUAUAAGUGCUACUUUCUAUUUUUCUAUUUUAAAGGAUGAUAAACACUGACUAGCAGAAUAUAUAUUGCCUAUAUACAUCUAUACUGGAAAGAUUCAGGCCCACAUCUUUGACCUCACCCAUCAGUGAUGUAACAAUGUACCUUGUCCACUUAUGGGGUUUGAAAAUGUCUAAGUAAGCAAGUAUUUGGUUCAGAAAAUGAAGAUGUAAAGGUCGUGCACACACCCACACAACUGUUAGACUUGUGCUCAGGUAAAGUUUUGCGGUCUUUAGCCAGAUAUUGGCUGGCGAAAUUUGCUCCAGGUCGCGGCUAAAAGCAGGCAGGACAGAAAAUGGCAUGGGUAAGGAUGUAAACAAACGGCAUGAGCGUUUCCUGUUUUGGUGUGAUCUCCAGUCCAUCCUUUAACCGGAAAUUUAUUGGCCAACAGAAACGUUACUUUAGUCGGUUUCAUCACCAUAUUUAGUACAUUAUCACAGACUAUAAACUGCGGUGUCUCUCUUGCGCGCUGUAUGUGAUUUCUCUGGUCAAUAUUGACUUAUUACCUGCAUCAGAAAAGUUACAUCACGCUCUUCGGGGCAAUUUUGUCGAACGGAAAUGUUAUGUGACUGCACUUUUUUUUUUUUUUUUAUGCAGGUAAUAUUGUGAGGUCCCCAAAAACCGGUGUACCAAUAAGAAUGAAAAAUGUGCUUAAAAACGGUAGUAAAGGGAUCUAAUUGGGUAAAUUAAUUGAAAUCAGCUGUGUGGGUGUGUCUAGGGCCUGAACUUAAACUCAAUUAGAUGAGUGUGUUUUUGAUUUGUCAGUAUUUUAAGUGAUGCUAUGUACCGCUGACAACAGUGUCAAAGUCUAAUAAGUGCAUAAGGAAAAGCUUUUUUUUUUUGCCAUGUAGAGUCUGAAGAUGGAAUUUCUGUUUUUCCAACAUGUCUUGAACACAGCAUAAGGACCAGCAUCCUCUUCCUCUCAGUCAGGGCAACCUACUGCUAUCACACAUCUCCAUUAUAACUGCGCUGCUUUCAUUCCUUCCCGCUCACUGCUCUUCCUCUGUCAGUACUACUCUCAGGCAAACCCGUUUUGCACCACAGAGGACUUCAGGAGCCAAAACUGAUCCCAGGACAGUAAAAAGAAGGCUUGCCUCUACAGACCUGACUCGCUGUGUGUGGUGCAGGUUAAUGGCAACCUACCAACAUGCUGAGUUUCUUUAUAGGACAUUAGGGGAACCUUCCUUCAUGCGAUGUAGCAUUAUGUGCGUACUAAGCCCAGAUUGGGUUGCUUUUGAAGUGUAAAUAUCUCUGAAACAAGGUUGUUAUUGAGAUGGAGUCAAUACAGAGAGGGUCACUGUGUAGUUUGGGGGAAAGGAAAAACACCUACUGAAACCUUCAGCUUGAGAAAAAAAAAAAAAAAACCUGCCUCCCGUGAGGCCUUUUUAAAUAGCCUGAUUAUUUCUUUUUAUUAGUUUGACUAUCCUCUUUAUGUUGGGAUGGGAUUCUUUUGGGUGCCAUUUCCUUAACUGUCAUUCAUUGAAAACCUGCUGCAGCCUCUUGUCAAUUUGUAAAGGGUGUUUGUGCAGGAACCUGCUAAACAUGAAGGACACGGAUCAUUCAGAGCUCAACGGACUAUUUUUUUGGAACGUUUGUCCCUGUGUUUGGACUUUCCUGGCAUUUCUGUUAUUGUUAGUCUCCUUUUAAACUUAACUGUUUAGUUUAAAAACUAAGCAUCUCUCCCAGGCUGUUUUAGAGUGCUAGCACUGCAAAGCAAAAGCUUAUAUUCUAAUAACGAAUUGGUUGGACAUGUAUUUUUUUUUUUAUGAACUAUGUUUAUACACUAUCAUUGUUUAUUUAUUUAAUUUUUUUUGUGGUUAAAGUCCCUUUUUUUACUUUUUUAUUUUGUUUGAGUUUUAUUUGACUUUGCUUUCUAAAUGUUUCAAUAAAUUGGAAAAAGUGUCAUAAGUUUAAAAUCAAGUGAACAUUAUUUGAGAAUUUUCUUUUUCUACUUUCUUUUCUUUUGAAUAGGGAGAAUUCUCUAUAAAGCUGGCGCAAACUUACACCCAAACAAAAUGUACCUUUUUUAAAACCAGUGCUAAAACUAUAAGGAGCACCCUCCAGAUGUUGACUUUGACCCACCAUGAACACAAUGUCUUACAUUUACAUUUCUCACUGAUUAAAGUUAGAUUUCUCCCGGCUGAAGUGGAUUAAAGCGGUUAACAAGGUCACAGAACAAAACCUUUUCAGGUUUUUAUUUUACCUUGGACAGGUGUUUUAUUUUGUACACUUGUCUGUGCAUUUAACGGUCUAGCAGUGUAACAGUUCAGGAACAGAGGUUUUGUGGAUUUAGAGGGAGAACACUGGUCUGGAUUUCUGGCACCAGAUCAGUGUCGCCAGCCUCUAAUCUUUUUAAACUUUGACUUUGGAAGUUAACAAAACUGAACCCGGAUCAGAGGACACUGGUAAACCUGGCUGAUUUUUUUUUUUUUUUUUUUCUCCUGGACCCCGAAGCAGUGACCAAACCUCCCACAGGUUUGGACCUACCUAGACGCUGUGGCUGGCUUUAAUGCCGAAUGUGAAUGUGCCUAUCUGUAUAUACUGAAAGUGAGUGAUUGUGAGGCUGAUGCUAUGUGUGUGGGCUGAUCUGCUGAUACGGUCAUGUUAAAUAAAUGAUUUCAUUUUCUAACCAGA